CUGUUGUUGUUGGGGUGGGAGGGAUUUCCAUCUCUCAUUUCUUCGCUCAUCCAAAACCCAAUUGCGAAAUUUCGACAUCCAUGGCUGCAGCUUUCUCCUUCGCCCAAGUCCUUCGCUUCUCCAGUACACCAUUCUCUCUCCAAACAAAUAGAAAUACUCUGAGAAGUUUCACUCUCUUUCGACCUUUCUCCACUGCGUCUUCUUCUUCUUCUUCUUCUUCUUAUUCAGUCAUUUCUCCUCAUAAGCUUCAGAGAGAGAAAUGGAGGCAGCCAGUGGUUUCAGUGCUCGAGCUUGGCGGCGUCAAGAUUGCUAGAGAUGAUGUGGUUAGGGAUGAUCCUACGAAUAAUGUUCCGGAUACAAUUUUUGCUAAACUUGGAAUGCAACUGCACAAAAGAGAAAAGCACCCGAUUGGAAUUCUGAAGAAUGCAAUAUUCGAGUACUUUGAUACCAAUUACUCCAACAAGUUUGAUAAAUUUGAUGACCUGUGUCCACUGGUUUCUGUAAAACAGAACUUCGAUGACGUACUUGUUCCUGAGGAUCACGUGAGCCGAAGUUAUAAUGAUACGUACUAUAUUGACUCCCAAACUGUUUUGAGGUGCCAUACAAGUGCUCAUCAGGCGGAGUUGUUGAGAGGACACACCCAUUUCCUUGUUACAGGGGAUGUCUAUCGUAGGGACUCCAUUGACUCAACUCACUACCCUGUUUUUCAUCAGAUGGAGGGUGUUCGGGUCUUUUCUCCAAAUGACUGGGAUGGAUCGGGGAUGGAUGCCACAUCUUUUGCAGCUAGAGACUUAAAGAAGUGCCUUGAGGGUUUGGCACGCCACUUAUUUGGUUCUGUGGAAAUGCGGUGGAUUGAUACAUAUUUUCCAUUCACCAAUCCCUCAUUUGAACUUGAGAUUUUUUUUCAGGAGAAGUGGUUAGAGGUUUUGGGAUGUGGUGUGACAGAGCAAGAAAUAUUAAGACGAAGUGGCAAAGAAAAUAAUGUUGCUUGGGCUUUUGGGCUUGGGUUGGAGCGGCUAGCAAUGAUUCUAUUUGAUAUUCCGGACAUACGCCUAUUUUGGUCAAGUGACGAGCGGUUUACGUCUCAGUUUUCCUCUGGCCAGCUGGGUGUCAAAUAUAAGCCAUUAUCCAAGUAUCCUCCUUGUUUCAAAGAUAUUAGUUUCUGGAUCAAUGACUCUUUCACAGAAAAUAAUUUUUGUGAAGUUGUUAGAGGAGUUGCUGGAGAUCUGGUUGAGGAGGUGAAAUUGAUAGACAAUUUUACAAACAAGAAAGGGAUGACAAGUCACUGUUACAGGAUAGCAUAUCGCUCCAUGGAACGUUCACUUACAGACGAGGAGAUUAAUAAGCUACAGUGGGAUGUUAGAGACCAGGUGGUGAGCAAGUUGAAUGUUGUCGUUAGAUAAGAAUUUCCUAGUGCCAUAGCCGAUUCAGCAGCAUAAAUCAUGUAAAUUUCUUAUCUCUGUUCAUUAACAUGUUGAGUAACCGCUGAUUUCAUUUUGGCGUGUUGGCCCCUCCAAAAACACGAGGCAACUUAUAAAGUUAAAAUAAAGUCUUUCUUAAUCUGAUAAUUAUUCAUCAUUA